AUGGGCACCAGCGGUGCGUGCCGGGCGCUGGCGUGGGCCCUCGUGGCCCUGCUUGUGGCGCGGCAGGCAGAGACCCAGUCCCCCGCGGAGCCGAGCUGGGGGAGCACAGGGCCCCCCACGGACAGUCGCAGAGCGGACGGCGCCCGCCCCACGUCCUUGCCCACCUGGCACAUGAGCUUCGUCACCCCCGUCACCGUCCUCCCCAGCAGCAGCUCCUGGAACCCGGCGCACAGCGGGCGGGUCUGCAGCACCUGGGGCGACUUCCACUACAAGACCUUCGACGGCGACGUCUUCCGCUUCCCCGGCCUCUGCAAUUACGUGUUCUCCGCGCACUGUGGCGCCGCCUACGAGGACUUCAACGUCCAGCUGCGCCGCGGCCUGGCGGGCUCCAAGCCCACCAUCACCCACAUCGUGCUCAAGGCCCCGGGGCUGGUGCUGGAGGUGUCCAACGGCUCCGUCCUUGUCGACGGGCAGCGGGAGGAGCUGCCCUACAGCCGCGCCGGCCUCCUGGUGGAGCGCAGCAGCGAGUACGUCAAGGUCAGCGUCCGGCUGGUCCUGACCUUGCUGUGGAAUGGAGAGGACAGCGCCCUGCUCGAGCUGGACCCCAAGUACGCGAACCAGACCUGUGGCCUGUGCGGCGACUUCAACGGCCUCCCGGCCUUCAACGAGUUCUACGCCCACAACGCCAGGCUGAGCCCCCUGCAGUUCGGGAACCUGCAGAAGCUGGACGGGCCCACGGAGCAGUGCCCGGACGCCCAUCCUGAGCCGGCCGGCAACUGCACGGACGGGGGGGGCGUCUGUCGCAGCACCCUGAGGGGACCAGCCUUCGCCGAGUGCAACGCGCUGGUGGACGCCUCUGCGUACCUGGCCGCCUGUGCCCAUGACCUGUGCCGCUGCCCCACCUGCCCGUGCGCCACCUUCGCUGAGUACUCCCGCCAGUGUGCCCACGCCGGGGGCCAACCACAGAACUGGAGGAGCCCCGACCUCUGCCCGCGGACCUGCCCCCUCAACAUGGAGCACCAGGAGUGCGGCUCGCCCUGCGCGGACACCUGCUCCAACCCCCAGCGCUCGCAGCUCUGUGAGGACCACUGCGUGGACGGCUGCUUCUGCCCCCCAGGCACCGUGCUGGACGACGUCACGCACGCCGGCUGCCUGCCCCUGGGGCAGUGCCCCUGCACCCACAGCGGCCGCACCUACGCCCCGGGGGAUUCCUUUGCCACCAGCUGCAGCUCCUGCACCUGCUCCGGGGGGCUGUGGGAGUGCCAGGCCCGGCCGUGCCCCGGCACCUGCUCCGUGCAGGGCGGCGCCCACAUCUCCACCUACGACGAGAAGCUCUACGACCUGCACGGCGACUGCAGCUACGUGCUGUCCAAGAAAUGUGCGGACAACACCUUCGCCGUGCUGGCCGAGCUGCGGCAAUGCGGCCUGACCGACAACGAGAACUGCCUGCGCGCGGUGACGCUGCACCUGGACGGCGGGGACACGGUCAUCCGGAUCCAGGCGGACGGCAGCGUGUUCAUGAACUCCAUCUACACCCAGCUGCCCGUGUCGGCAGCCAACAUCACCAUCUUCAGACCCUCGAGCUUCUUCCUCGUGGCGCAGGCAGGCGCCGGCCUGCAGCUGCAGGUGCAGCUGGUGCCACUCAUGCAGGUGUUCGUCCGGCUGGACCCCGCAUACCGCGGCCAGACAUGCGGCCUCUGCGGGAACUUCAACCAGAACCAGGCGGACGACUUCACGGCCCUCAGCGGGGUGGUGGAGGGCACGGGCGCGGCCUUUGCCAACACCUGGAAGACCCAGGCCGCCUGCCCCAACGUCAGGAACAGCUUCGAGGACCCCUGCUCCCUGAGCGUGGAGAACGAGAACUAUGCCCGGCACUGGUGCUCAUGGCUGACCAACCCCGCCGGCGCCUUCUCGAGCUGCCACUCCGUCGUCAACCCCGCGCCCUUCCACUCGAACUGCAUGUUCGACACGUGCAACUGCGAGAAGAGCGAGGACUGCAUGUGCGCCGCCCUGUCCUCCUACGUGCGCGCCUGCGCCGCCAAGGGCGUGCUGCUCCGCGGCUGGAGGGACGGCGUCUGCGCCAAGUACAUGAGCAGCUGCCCCAAGUCCCAAAGCUACGCCUACGUGGUGGACGCCUGCCCGCCCAGCUGCCGCGCCCUGAGCGAGGGGGACGUCACCUGCGGCGUCUCCUUCGUGCCCGUGGACGGCUGCACCUGCGCCGAGGGCACCUUCCUGGACGACGCGGGCGCCUGCGUGCCUGCGCGCGAGUGCCCCUGCUACCUCCACGGCUCCGCGGUGGCCCCCGGGGAGGUGGUGCACGACAGCGGCGCCGUGUGCUCGUGUGUGAGUGGGAGGCUGAGCUGCCUGGGCGCCGCACCACAGACGAGCACAGGCUGUGUGGCGCCCAUGGUGUACCUGGACUGCAGCAACACCUCCGCGGGCGCCCCGGGGGCCGAGUGCCUCCGCAGCUGCCACUCGCUGGACGUGGACUGCUUCAGCACGCACUGCGUGUCCGGCUGUGUCUGCCCCCCGGGGCUGGUGUCGGACGGGGCCGGGGGCUGCGUCGCCGAGGAGGACUGCCCCUGCGUGCACAACGAGGCCUCGUACAGGCCCGGGGACACCAUCAAGGUCGACUGCAACACCUGCACCUGCAGGAACCGCCGGUGGGAGUGCAGCCGCCGGCCCUGCCUGGGCACCUGCGUGGCCUAUGGGGACGGCCACUUCAUCACCUUCGACGGCGAGCGCUACAGCUUCGAAGGCAGCUGCGAGUACACCCUGGCCCAGGACUACUGUGGGGGCAACACCACCCACGGCACCUUCCGCAUCGUCACCGAGAAUGUCCCCUGUGGGACCACUGGCGUCACCUGCUCCAAGGCCAUCAAGCUAUUCGUAGAGACGGCCACAGACCUGGUGGCUUCAGACAGCAGACACGGAUUCCCUCGGCCCCGGAGCCAGAGCCUGGCGGCGCAGCGGGCAGGGCCGCGAUCCCUGCAGAGCUCCGGGAGGACCCGCCACCUCUCCCAGUCUGGGGACUGCAGACGGUCCCUGGCCUCCACCAGCUCCCCAGGAACCACCUCCCCGGCCACCACCUCCACGGGCACAACCUCCACAGCCACCAGCUCCCCAGGAACUACCUCCACAGGCACAACCUCCAUAGGCACAACGUCCCCAGGAACCACCUCCCCGGCCACCACCUCCACAGGAACCACCUCCACGGGCAAAACCUCCAGGGGAACAACCUCCACAGGAACCACCUCCUCAGGCACCACCUCCACGGGUACAACCUCCACAGGAACCACCUCCCCGGCCACCACCUCCAGGGGUACCACCUCCACAGCCACCAUCUCCUCAGGCACCACCUCCACAGGAACCACCUCCUCAGCCACCACCUCCCAAGCCACCAUCUCCACAGCUACCACCUCCUCAGGAACUACCUCGACGGGCACAACCUCCAUAGGUACAACCUCCACAGGAACCACCUCCCCGGCCACCACCUCCACGGGCACAACCUCCACAGCCACCAACUCCCCAGGAACUACCUCCACGGGCACAACCUCAGCGGGAACCACCUCCACAGCCAACACCUCCCGAGCUACCACCUCCACAGGCGGAAACGCCCUGGAGUUCGGGAACAGCUGGAAGUUCUCCCCGAACUGCCCGGACGCCCCGGCGCCCAAGGACCCCUGCACCGCCAACCCGUACCGCAAGUCCUGGGCGCAGAAGCAGUGCAGCAUCAUCAACGGCGCCACCUUUGCCGCCUGCCGCUCUCAGGUGGACUCCACUAAGUACUACGAGGCCUGUGUGAGCGACGCGUGCGCCUGCGACUCGGGGGGCGACUGCGAGUGCUUCUGCACGGCCGUGGCCGCCUACGCCCAGGCCUGCCGCGACGCUGGCCUCUGCGUGUCCUGGAGGACCCCGGACGUCUGCCCCCUGUUCUGCGACUACUACAACCCACACGGGGAGUGUGAGUGGCACUACCAGCCCUGCGGGGCCCCCUGCCUGCGAACCUGCCGGAACCCCAGUGGGCGCUGCCUGGUCGACCUGCCCAGCCUGGAAGGCUGCUACCCAAAGUGCCCGCCCAGCAAGCCCUUCUUCAGCGAGGACCAGAUGAGGUGUGUGGCCUGGUGUGGCUGCUACGACGAAGACGAGAGAUACUACGAUGUUGGCUCGAGGGUCCCCACGGCGGAGAACUGCCAGAGCUGCAACUGCACGCCCAGCGGCAUCCGGUGCACUCACAGCCUUGAGGCCUGCACGUGCACCUACGAGGGCAGGACCUACGGCUACCGAGACGUCAUCUACAACACGACAGACGGCCUCGGCGGCUGCCUGAGCGCUAUCUGUGGAGACAAUGGAACGAUUAUCCGGAGGACCGUGGAAUGUCCCGGAACCCCGUCCACAACGCCGCCGUUCACCUUCACCACCAUCUCGACGCCCCUCCCCACGACGGGCCCCGUGCCCAGCCUCUCCACCGUGUGUGUCCGUGAGGUCUGCCGCUGGUCCGCCUGGUACGACGGCGUCCGUCCUGAGCCGGGCGAGGGGGGUGGAGACUUUGAAACAUUUGCGAGCCUGAGGCAGAAGGGGUACGAGGUGUGCAGCGCGCCGGCCGACAUCGAGUGCCGAGCGGAGGGGCUUCCCCACACACCCCUGCAGGAGCUGGGCCAGAAGGUGGCCUGUGACCGCACGCGGGGGCUGACGUGUGUCAACAGCGAGCAGAGCCCCCCACUCUGCCUCAACUACGAGCUGCGAGUUCUGUGCUGCGACUACGUGCCCUGCGGCCCCUCCCCAGCCCCAGGCACCAGCCCCCAGCCCUCCCCCGGCACCACUGCAGAGCCCCCCAGAUCCCCCUCCACCCAGACCAGGGUAACGGAGGGGACUACCCCUCCAGCAGUGCCCAGCUCCCCGUCGACGGCGGCCCUCACCUCCCAGACCAGGCCCAGCCUGCCCACCGUGGGCCCAGGUACCACCACCUGUCAGCCCCGAUGUCAGUGGACAGAGUGGUUUGAUGAGGAUUACCCCAAGUCUGAAAGGGCUGGUGGGGACAUCGAAUCCUACGAUAAAAUCAGGGGUGCGGGACGGGACAUCUGCGAGCGGCCACAGGACAUACAGUGCCAGGCCACGAACUUCCCCAACUGGACGCUGGAGCAGGUGGGCCAGAGGGUGCACUGCCACGUGCGCUUCGGCCUGGUGUGCUGGAACGAGGAGCAGGACGGCAUGUUCAAGAUGUGCCACAACUACAAAAUCCGAGUGCUGUGCUGCAGUACCCAACACUGCCGGGGACACACCUCCGCCCUGCCACCGGCCACGACACCGGGGACGGCCACCAGAGUCCCCCGACUGUGGUCCUCAAAGCCACAGCCCAGUAGCCCAGAGGUGACGUGGACUCCUCCAGCCAGCACCACGGCCGUGCCCAUCCCCUCGAAAGGACCGACAUCCCCCAGCUACUCGGCUCCUCCAAGCUCCACGCCACCCACCAGCCCAGGGUGGGCCACGUCCAUCCUUCCAACUCGCCCAAGCCUGACGGGGACCACAGGGGCCACAGGCACAUGGCGCCCCUCACAGACACCCACACCAGCCCCAACAGCACAAACCUCCACAGCUCGCCUGACAGGCACUGCCAGCACCGUCUCCAAAGAGCCCCUGACCACAGGCCCGGUGCUGACGACACACACGAGCCAGCUGCCCACCUCCUACACUGAGACCAGCAGCCUGAGGUCAGAGACACCACCCAGCACCUCAGCUGGGGGCACCACCAGCCAGGGCACAACUGGCUGUCAACCCAAGUGCGAGUGGACAGAAUGGUUUGACGUGGACUUUCCAAUCUCAGGGGUCGCAGGCGGGGACAUAGAGACCUUAGAAAACAUCAGGGCUGCAGGGGGCAAGAUGUGCGGGGCGCCAGAGAAGAUAGAGUGCCGGGCAGAGAACUACCCCGAGGUGAGCAUCGACCAGAUUGGGCAGGUGCUGAUCUGCAGCCUGGAGACGGGGCUGAUCUGCAGGAACGAGGACCAGGUGGGCAGGUUCAACAUGUGCUUCAACUACAACGUGCGCGUGCUCUGCUGCGACGACUACCGCCACUGUCCCAGCACAGCCGCGCCCUCCGGCUCCUCCUCCCCGGCCACCACCUCCCUGGCAGCCACCACCUCCCUGGGCACCACCUUCCCAUCCACUACCUCACUGGCUACGAGGUCAUCUUUGGUGACAGGACUCUCCACCACAGCCACCACCUCCCCUAGGAUAACCCAAAGGGUCGUCUCCACGACCCAGAGUGGCCUCACCUUCUCUGUCUCCAGUCCCUCUUCCCAACCAGCCUCGACCACCAGCCCCUUCCACACCACGGGGCAGCCCACCUCUGGGACCCUCACCACAUCCACCAGGCCACCCUUGACCAGCACCCCUCACACGGCCCCCCUGCUGACCUCCAGCUCCGGGAGCACCCUUGGGACCACCCUCCCCUCCAGCCGUCCCUCUACCAGCAAGGGCUGUGUGCCUCGGUGCGCCUGGACAGACUGGUUCGAUGAGGACUACCCCAUCCCUGGCCCCGACGGCGGGGACUUUGAGACCUAUGCUGUCAUCCGCUCAGCUGGCUACGCCUUCUGUGAGCACCCCCAGGACAUCGAGUGCCGCUCCGAGAAGGAGCCGGACCAGCCGUUGGAGGCGGUGGGGCAGGUGGUCCAGUGCGACGUGCGCUUCGGGCUGGUGUGCAGGAACCGCGACCAGGUGGGACAGUUCGAGCUGUGCCUCAACUACUUGAUCCGCGUGUUCUGCUGCAACUAUAGCGACUGCCUGAGCACCCCGCCCACCACCACAGGGUCUUCCCCAGGACCGAGCCCCACCUCGGCCACCACACUGGCCCCCAGCACCACGGCCCUGUCCCUGCCCACCCAUCGCCCCAGGACCUCGAGCACAGCCUCCACCGUCGUGCCCACCAGCUGCCAGCCUGCCUGCCGCUGGACGGACUGGCUGGACAGCGACCGGCCCCAGCCUGGCCGCUUUGGGGGCGACAUCGAGACCUAUUACCACAUCAUGGAGGUGGGCGGGCAGCUGUGCCUGGAGCCCGCAGCCAUUGAAUGCGAGGCUGUGCUCUUCCCAGACGUGUCCGUGGGGCUCCUGGGACAGGUGGUGCAGUGUGAUGUGCGCUACGGUCUCAUCUGCAGAAACCACAGGCAGAAGUCAGGCCAGACCUGCCUCAACUACCACAUCCGCGUGCGCUGCUGUGACUACAGCCACUGUGCCAGCACCACCAGUCCCCUGCCCACCUCGACACCCAUGCCCACACCCCACAGCACAUUCUCCCCAGCCUUCUCGGCCUCCACGCCCAGCACCCUGUGGUCAUCGGCGGGGCCUAGGCCCUCGACCGUGGCCACAACCUCCUUAGCAACAAUCUCCUCAGGCACGACCUCCACGGGCACAACCUCCACAGGAACCACCUCCACAGCUAACACCUCCAUGGGCAGAACCUCCAUAGGCACAACUUCCACAGGAACCACCUCCCCAGGCAUCACCUCCUCGGCCACUGCCUACUCAGCCAUCACCUCCACGGGAACGCCCUCCCCGGCCACCACCUCCACAGGCACAACCUCCACAGCCACCACCUCCACAGGAACCACCUCCACGGGGACAACCUCCAUAGCCACAACCUCCUCAGGCACUACCUCCACAGGAACCACCUCCACAGCUACCACAUCCACGAGCACAACCUCCAUAGGCAAAACCUCCACAGGAACCACCUCCCCGGCCACCACCUCCAUGGGCACAACCUCCAUAGGCACAACCUCCAUAGGAACGACGUCCCCAGUCACCACCUUCACGGGCACAACCUCCAUAGGAACCACCUCCCCGGCCACCACCUCCACAGGCACAACAUCCAUAGGCACAACGACCACAGGAACCACCUCCUCAGUCACCACCUCCACGGGCACAACCUUCAUAGGCACAACUUCCACAGGAACCACCCCCCCGGCCACCACCUCCCUGGGCACAACCUCCACAGUCACCACCUCCAUAGCCUCCACUUCCACAGGCACAACCUCCACAGCCACCAUCUCCUCAGGAGCUACCUCCAGGGGAACCACCUCCUCAACCACCAACUCCCCAAGCACCACCUCCUCAGGCACCACCUCCUCGGCCACCACCUGCCCAGGCACAACCUCCACAGGUUCCACCUCCAUAGCCACCACUUCCAUGGGAACAACCUCCAUGGCCACCACCUCCCUGGGUACCACCUCCCCAUCCGCCACCUCAUUGGCUACCAGGUUAUCUUUGGUGACAGGACCCACCACCAUAGCCACCACCUCCCCUCGGAACACCAAAAUGGUCAACGUGGACUCCACUAAGUACUACGAGGCCUGUGUGAGCGACGCGUGCGCCUGCGACUCGGGGGGCGACUGCGAGUGCUUCUGCACGGCCGUGGCCGCCUACGCCCAGGCCUGCCGCGACGCUGGCCUCUGCGUGUCCUGGAGGACCCCGGACGUCUGCCCCCUGUUCUGCGACUACUACAACCCACACGGGGAGUGUGAGUGGCACUACCAGCCCUGCGGGGCCCCCUGCCUGCGAACCUGCCGGAACCCCAGUGGGCGCUGCCUGGUCGACCUGCCCAGCCUGGAAGGCUGCUACCCAAAGUGCCCGCCCAGCAAGCCCUUCUUCAGCGAGGACCAGAUGAGGUGUGUGGCCUGGUGUGGCUGCUACGACGAAGACGAGAGAUACUACGAUGUUGGCUCGAGGGUCCCCGCGGCGGAGAACUGCCAGAGCUGCAACUGCACGCCCAGCGGCAUCCGGUGCACUCACAGCCUUGAGGCCUGCACGUGCACCUACGAGGGCAGGACCUACGGCUACCGAGACGUCAUCUACAACACGACAGACGGCCUCGGCGGCUGCCUGAGCGCUAUCUGUGGAGACAAUGGAACGAUUAUCCGGAGGACCGUGGAAUGUCCCGGAACCCCGUCCACAACGCCGCCGUUCACCUUCACCACCAUCUCGACGCCCCUCCCCACGACGGCACAGCCCACCCCAGCCACUCCCUCAAAAUCGGAAACGGCCCUCAAGGAGGCCAGGGGAGGCCCGCGGGGCCCGGGGAAAGGGUCCGCAGUCGCCUCCUCCCUGCGAAGCAAGGAGAAGCAGAGGCUGAGCGAGGGCCCCUCUCCGCCCCUCCCAGGCCCCGUGCCCAGCCUCUCCACCGUGUGUGUCCGUGAGGUCUGCCGCUGGUCCGCCUGGUACGACGGCGUCCGUCCUGAGCCGGGCGAGGGGGGUGGAGACUUUGAAACAUUUGCGAGCCUGAGGCAGAAGGGGUACGAGGUGUGCAGCGCGCCGGCCGACAUCGAGUGCCGAGCGGAGGGGCUUCCCCACACACCCCUGCAGGAGCUGGGCCAGAAGGUGGCCUGUGACCGCACGCGGGGGCUGACGUGUGUCAACAGCGAGCAGAGCCCCCCACUCUGCCUCAACUACGAGCUGCGAGUUCUGUGCUGCGACUACGUGCCCUGCGGCCCCUCCCCAGCCCCAGGCACCAGCCCCCAGCCCUCCCCCGGCACCACUGCAGAGCCCCCCAGAUCCCCCUCCACCCAGACCAGGGUAACGGAGGGGACUACCCCUCCAGCAGUGCCCAGCUCCCCGUCGACGGCGGCCCUCACCUCCCAGACCAGGCCCAGCCUGCCCACCGUGGGCCCAGGUACCACCACCUGUCAGCCCCGAUGUCAGUGGACAGAGUGGUUUGAUGAGGAUUACCCCAAGUCUGAAAGGGCUGGUGGGGACAUCGAAUCCUACGAUAAAAUCAGGGGUGCGGGACGGGACAUCUGCGAGCGGCCGCAGGACAUACAGUGCCAGGCCACGAACUUCCCCAACUGGACGCUGGAGCAGGUGGGCCAGAGGGUGCACUGCCACGUGCGCUUCGGCCUGGUGUGCUGGAACGAGGAGCAGGACGGCAUGUUCAAGAUGUGCCACAACUACAAAAUCCGAGUGCUGUGCUGCAGUACCCAACACUGCCGGGGACACACCUCCUCCAUGGGCACAACCUCCACAGGAACCACCUCCACAGCUACCACCUCCUUAGCCACAACCUCCUCAGGCACUACCUCCACAGGAACCACCUCCACAGCUACCACAUCCACGGGCACAACCUCCAUAGGCACAACCUCCACCACAACCCCGGCCACCACGUCCCUGGGCACAACCUCCACAGGAAUCACCUCCACAGGAACGACCUCCCUAGUAACCACCUCUACGGCCACAACCUCCACAGGAACCACCUUCACAGCUACCACCUCCACGGGCACAACCUCCAUAGGCACAACCUCCACAGGAACCACGUCCCCAGUCACCACCUCCACGGGCACAACCUCCACAGGAACCACCUCUACAGCUACCACCUCCAUGGGCACAACCUUCAUAGGCACAACUUCCACAGGAACCACUUCCACGGCCACCACGUCCACGGGAACAACCUCCAUAGGCACAACCUCCACAAGAACCACCUCACCAGUCACCACCUCUACAGGGAAGACCUCCAUGGGCACAACCUCCACAGGAACCACCUCCCCAGUCACCACCUCCACGGGCACAACCUCCACAGGAACCACCUCCACAGCUACCACAUCCACGGGUACAACCUCCAUAGGCACAACUUCCACAGGAACCACCACCCCGGCCACCACCUCCCUGGGCACAACCUCCACAGGAAUCACCUCCACAGGAACUACCUCGCCAGUCACCACCUCUACGGGCACAACCUCCACAGGAACCACCUCCCCAGUCACCACCUCCACGGGGACAACCUCCAUAGGCAAAACCUCCACAGGAACCACCUACCCAGUCACCACCUCCACAGGGACAACCUCCACAGCCACCACCUCCACAGGAACCACCUACCCGGUCACCACCUUCACAGGAACAACCUCCACAGCCACCACCUCCACAGGAACCACCUCCACGGGGACAACCUCCACAGGCAAAACCUCCACGGGAACCACUUCCCCGGUCACCACCUCCACAGGCACAACCUACACAGCCACCACCUCCACAGGAACCACCUCCAUGGGCACAAGCUCCAUAGCUACCACUUCCACGGGCACAACCUCCAUAGGCACAACCUCCACAGGAACCACCUCUCCGGCCACCACCUCCACGGGCACACGCUCGCCAGUCACCACCUCAACAGCUACCACCUCCUUAACCACAACCUCCUCUGGCACUACCUCCGCAGGAACCACCUCACCAGCCACCACAUCCACAGCUACCACCUCCACGACAGCUACCACCUCCUUAGCCACAACCUCCUCAGGCACUACCUACACAAGAACCACCUCCCCAGUCACGACCUCCACGGGCACAACCUCGACAGGAACCACCUCCACAGCUACCACAUCCACAGGCACAACCUCCAUAGGCCCAACUUCCACAGGAACUACCACCCUGGCCACCACCUCCCUGGGCACAAUCUCCACAGGAACGACCUCCACAGCUACCACCUCCAUGGGCACAACCUCCAUAGGCACCACUUCCACAGGAACCACCAACCCGGCCACCACCUCCCUGGGCACUCACCACCUCUACGGGCACAACCUCCACAGCACCACCUCCACGGGCACAACCUCCAUAGGCACAACCUCCACAGGAACCACCUCCGCAGCCACCACCUCCAUGGGCACAACCUCCCCAGUCACCACCUCCACAGCUACCACCUCCUUGGCCACAACCUCCUCAGGCACUACCUCCACAGGAACCACCUCCAUGGGCACAACCUCCAUAGGCACAACUUCCACAGGAACCACCACCCCGGCCACCACCUCCCUGGGCACAACCUCCACAGGAAUAACCUCCACAGGAACCACCUCCCCAGUCACCACCUCUACGGGCACAACCUCCACAGGAACCACCUCCCCAAACACCACCUUCACGGGCACAACCUCCACAGGAACCACCUCCACAGUCACCACCUCCAUGGGCACAACUUCCACAGGAACCACCUCCCCAGUCACCACCUCCAUGGGCACAACUUCCACAGGAACCACCUCCCCAGUCACCACCUCCACGGGCAAAACCUCCACAGGAACCACCUCCCCAGUCACCACCACCACAGGCACAACCCCCAUAGGCACAACCUCCACAGGAACCACCUCCCCGGUCACCACCUAUAUGGGCACAACCUCCACAGCAACCACCUCCCCAGUCACCACCUCCACGGGCACAACCUCCACAGGAACGACAUCUACAGCUACCACCUCCACGGGCACAACCUUCAUAGGCACAACUUCCACAGGAACCACCUCCACGGCCACCACGUCCACGGGGACAACCUCCACAGGAACGAAAUCUACAGCUACCACCUCCCUGGCCACCACCUCCACGGGAACCACCGCCCCAGUCACCACCUCCACGGGCAAAACCUCCACAGGAACCACCUCCCCAGUAACCACCUCCACGGGUACAACCCCCAUAGGCACAACCUCCACAGGAACCACCUCCCCGGUCACCACCUCUAUGGGCACAACCCCCACAGGAACCACCUCCACAGCUACCACCUCCACGGGCACAACCUCCACAGGAACCACGUCCCCAGUCACCACCUCCACGGGCACAACCUCCACAGGAACCACCUCCCCAGUCACCACCUCCACGGGCACAACCUCCACAGGAACCACCUCCCCAGUCACCACUUCCACGGGCAAAACCUCCACAGGAACUACCUCCCCAGUCCCCACCACCACGGGCACAACCCCCAUAGGCACAACCUCCACAGGUACCACCUCCCCAGUCACCACCUCCACAGGCACAACCACCACAGGAACGACCUCUACAUCUACCACCACCUUAGCCACAACCUCCCCAGUCACCAGCUCCACAGCUACCACCUCCUUAGCCACAACCUCCUCAGGCACUACCUCCACAGGAACCACCUCCCCGGCCACCUCCACAGCUACCACCUCCAUGGUCACAACCUCCAUAGGCACAACCUCCAUAGGAACCAGCUCCCUGGCCACCACCUCCACAGGCACAACCUCCCCAGUCACCACCUCCACAGCUACCACCUCCUUAGCCACAACCUCCUCAGCACCGGGUGUGUUCCCUGCCCAGGUGAAUGAGUCCUGGACCCUGGAGAACUGCACCGUGGCCAGAUGCGAGGGUGACAACCACGUCGUCCUGCUCCCACCCAAGCCGGUAGCCAACAUCACCUGUGUAAACGGCCAGCAGCCUCUCAAAGUGUGGAACCAGAGCCGGCCCUGUGACUUCCACUACGAGUGCGAGUGCUCCUGCAGUGGGUGGGGUGGCUCCCACUACUUGACCUUCGACGGCACCUCCUACUCCUUCCUGGACAACUGCACCUACGUCCUCGUGAGAGAGAUCCACCCACGCCACGGGAACCUCAGCAUCCUCUUGUACAGCCACUACUGUGCGGCCUCUGCCUCCGUCUCUGCCGCCAGCUGCCCACGCGCCCUCAGCAUCUACUACGAGCACAUGGAGAUCGUCCUCACCACCACCACUGUCCAUGGGAAGGAGGAGAGCCUGAUCCUGUUCGACCACAUGCGAGUAAGCAGGGGCUUCACCAAGCAUGGCGUGAGCGUGUCCCUGACAGGCGCUAGCACCAUGGGCAUCGACAUUCCUGCCAUCGGCGUGAGCAUCACCUUUGACGGGCACAGCUUCCAGGUCCGCCUGUCCUACAGCCACUUCAGCAACAACACGGAGGGCCAGUGUGGCACCUGUACCAACAACCAGAAGGACGACUGCCGCCAGCCAGAUGGCACCACAGCCCCCACCUGCAAGGACAUGGCCAAGUCCUGGCUGGUCCCAGAUGGCAGCCUGGAGGGCUGCUGGGCCCCAACAGGCCCACCCCCAACCGCCAGCCCCACGCCCCAAGCACCCAGCACGCCCACGCCGACCCUAUGCCCCUCAGAGCCCCUCUGCGAGCUCCUGCUAAGCCAGGUCUUUGCCGAAUGCCACGGCCUCGUCCCGCCUGGCCCAUUCUUCAACUCCUGUAUCAGCGACGGCUGCCACACCAGCCACCCCAGGGUGCCCUGCCAGAGCCUGGAGGCCUAUGCGGCACUCUGCCGCACCCACGGCGUGUGCAGCGACUGGCGCAACGCCACUGGCGGGCUGUGCGACCUCACCUGCCCACCUGCCCAGGUGUACAAGCCCUGCGGCCCUGUACAGCCUGCGUCCUGCAACUCCAGGAACCAGAGCCCCCUGAGCGGGGGGCUGGCAGAGGGCUGCUUCUGCCCCGAGGGUCAGAUCCUCUUCGACUCGCUCAAAGACAUCUGUGUGCACACGUGCGCCUGCGUGGGACCAGCCGGGCUUCCCAAACUACCCGGAGAGCGGUGGGUCAGCCAGUGCCAGGACUGCGUGUGCGACGAGGGCUCGGUGUCGGUGCAGUGCGAGCCCCAGCGGUGUGAGCCCCAGGCCCAGCCCCCGAAGUGUGACGAGGAGGGCUGGGUUGCUGUGACCAGGCCUCGGGCCGACAAACCCUGCUGCCCCGAGACGCUGUGCGUCUGCAACGCCACCACCUGCCCACCCCAGAGCCCGCCCACCUGUGGGCCUGGGCAGGUGCUCACCCGCACCCAGGAGGAGGGCAAGUGCUGCCCCACCUUCCUCUGCCGACCCAAGCUGUGCACCUACAAUGGCACCGUCUACGGGGUCGGCGCCAUCUUCCCAGGGGUCGUUCCCUGCCUCACCUGCACCUGCCUCUCCGCGGACCCCCAGGACCCAACAGUGCAAUGUGAGGAGGCUGCCUGCAACACCACCUGCCCCCAGGGCUUCGUGUACGUGAGCGUGGCUGGGCAGUGCUGCGGGAAGUGCGAGCAGUAUGCCUGCCUCACGCCCCACGGCCAGCCUGUCCAGCCCAACGGAACCUGGGUCAACAGCCGGGUGGACAACUGCACCGAGUACUACUGUGAAGUUGAGAAUGGGCAACACAUGCUGAUCCCACGGCCCUCGCCCUGCCCGGACAUGUUCAGCUGCAGGGGGACCCUGAGGAGAACGGGCUGCUGCUACUCCUGUGAGGAAGUGGACUCCUGUCAAGUCCACGUCAACACCACUGUCCUGUGGAACGGGGACUGUGCGACCGAGGGGGCCGUCAACGUCACCUUCUGCGAGGGCUCCUGCCCCGGAGUGUCCAAGUACUCGGUGGAGGCCCAGGCCAUGGAGCACCAGUGCGCCUGCUGCCAGGAGAGACGGGUCCACGCGGAGACCGUGUCCAUGCGGUGUCCUGACGGCACGGCCAUCCUGCACACCUACACCCACGUGGACGAGUGUGGCUGUGAGCCGUCCUGUGUCCCCUUGCCCAUGGUGUCCACAGAUGCCCCUGUCCUCCCACUCUAGGGGCCCCCAAGCCCCCUCCACCUGGCGCCAGGACAUGCAUAACUGACCAGGAAAACCUUAGGCGGCCUAGUCCACGGAGCCAACCCCACCGUGGCUCCCUCCACCUCUGCUCACCUUCUGCUGCCCCGUCGAGGGAACGGGCACCCCAGGUUGGCGGUCGGUGGGGACCCGCCUGAGGAGACCCCUGCACGGGCCCUGCCCUCACAGACCCUGUGGCCUGUCCUGGCCACCUGCCCUGCCCUUGGGCCCUGCCCUGCCCAGCCCCGCUGCAGGGUUCCCGUGGCACACUGAGGCCCAGCUGGCCCCUCCGGCAGCCAGAGAGCAGAUGGGCCCGUCCAGGCAAGGCCAGCCACCACCAGGGAGCUGUGCAAGGCCAGGUGGCCACCUGCCCAUGCCUGCUGCAGGGGUCCCGGGGCUGAGGUCAUGGUGGCUGGGUCAGAGAGGGCUCAGCGCCCCAAACACCCCUCUGUUCACCCAG